UCCUCAAGUUAACAUGCCGGUUGGUCCUGUACCUGUCAAACCAACAGGUGGCUUGUGUUUGCUUGGUACAUAUGAAGACAGUGAUGAUGAAGACAGCGAGAUGACCGAGAAAGCAGCACAAUCUGCAGAUGCAAAUGGAAAUAAUUCAGCAGACAUCGAUAGUACUCUGGCUAAUUUUCUAGCGGAGAUAGAUGCAAUUACCGCUCCUUCCCAACCUCAUGAAGCCACUGUGCCAACUACAGCUCCACCACCAACUCCUCCCCGGCCAGAACCCAAGGAGUCUGCUACCAGUCAGGUUUUGGUAACUGCAAAUGGAACAGACCAAGUAGCUGCAUGGCAAUAUGACACUCAGUGCUCAUUGGCAGGAGUGGGAGUAGAAAUGGGAGACUGGCAGGAAGUUUGGGAUGAAAACACAGGCUGCUAUUAUUACUGGAACAUUCAAACAAAUGAAGUUACUUGGGAACUACCUCAGUAUCUUGCAACACAAGUCCAGAAUCUCCAACAUUACCAACACAGUUCUGUAAUAGAGGCUGAUGAAAGCUACCCCGUGGCUACAGAUAUCAGUUCUCAGGGGAAAGGUGGAGGUGGUACUAAUAGUACCAUUGCUGUUCCUGCUGCUGGUAGUAUUGGACGUAGGACAAUUCCUUCAAAACGUGAACUGAGAAAGGAAGUGAAUGAAGGCAUCCAGGCACUAUCAAGCAGUGAAGAAGAGAAAAAGGGAGUGGCUGCAUCUCUGCUGGCUCCUUUGCUUCCUGAGGUGGUGAAGGAGGAAGAGGAGCGCUGGAGGCGGAAGGUCAUAUGUAAAGAGGAGGUGGAGCCAUUGAUGGAAGAAGAUGUAACAGUAGAACCAACAACAGCCAUUUCUGAUCAGCAGCUGGAAGGUGUUCAUGAUAUUGGGGAAGACCCCUCUCAGGAAGACUUGUGUAGUGUGGUGCAAUCAGGAGAAAGUGCAGAGGAAGAAGAAGAAGAAGAGCAGGACACUCUGGAACUGGAAAUGGUAUUGGAGAGGAAGAAGGCAGAAUUACGAGCUUUGGAAGAAGGUGAUGGGAGUGUUUCAGGCUCCAGUCCACUUUCUGAUGCAAGUCAAUCAGAUCUAACACGGCGGUUGCUACCAAAGCAAGGGAAAUGGAAGCUGUUUGGAGUUGCUAGUCCUGAAUCUACAAGCCGAGGGUCUAGCAAGACAGGCCAAGAUAGUCCUGAGCCUGGAGAAACUGCUGUGAAGGAAGAACCAGAAACCGCUGAUGACAACUUGGGCCCUGGGCCAGACGUGGAAGAACUUCAAGACAAAGUGAAAACACAAGGGGUUUUCAAGGUAGAAGAUGAAGAGCAGGACUUAAAGUUUCAGAUUGGAGAGCUGGCCAAUAUGUUGAUAAGCAAGCUGGAGUUCUUGGGCAUCAGUAGACAGUCGAUCUCUAACUUCCACAUGCUACUGUUGCAGACUGAGACUCGUAUUGCAGAUUGGCGGGAAGGUGCUCUCCAAGGAAAUUACCUCAAACGCAAAUUACAAGAUGCAGCUGAACAGCUAAAACAGUAUGAAAUAAACGCCGCCCCUAAAGGCUGGUCCUGCCACUGGGACAGGGAUCAUAGACGCUAUUUCUAUGUUAACGAGCAGUCAGGCGAAUCCCAGUGGGAGUUCCCAGAUGGGGAGGAGGAGGAGGAAGGACAAAUCCUAGAGAAUAAAGCAGAAGCUCUUCCCAAACAAGCAUUGAAGGAGAAAAUUGAGUCUGGUGAGGAAUCUACUGAUAAUGCUACAGGUACAGGUACUGUUUCUAAAGAAUCUCUUUCUAGUCAAGCUGGAGCUACUUCUCUGGUGCCUCUCAGUCCAUUUUGGACUGUUCUUCAGCCCUCUGUCCCAGUUCUGCAACCCCCUUUACCCUUAGAAAUGCCACCACCCCCACCACCCCCUCCAGAAUCACCCCCGCCACCCCCUCCCCCUCCCCCACCUCCUGGAGAAGAUGGAGAAAUACAGGAAGUAGAAAUGGAAGAUGAGGGAGAUGAAGAGCCACCAGCACCAGGAACAGAGGAAGAUGCUGUUCUAAAACCUCUCCUUCGACCAGCUGUUGCCAACAGCCAGACCAACUCUGAGACCAGUGUAUCCACAACUUCCGCUAAACCUUUAAAAAGAAAAGCUUCCGAAAUGAAUGCGGGACUGGUGCAGCGAGCAGCAACUAUUGGAAGUUGUCCGGUGCUUUAUGGCCAGUCAGUAAUAGGUGGAAGUGAGUUUCAUUCCUCUGAUGUUUGGACAUUUCUCAUUCUUUAUGCUAUUGUGUAUUCAGGCCAACAAGCCCAUGGGGUGAGUUUACAAUCAAGUUACCUUGGAGUACCACAGCCAGCUCUCAUAGGCUAUUCAGACUGCAGUGCCUCAGGGGGACUUCCUGCCAGCACAACACAGCCUGUUCCUUCGCAAGGAGCUCCAUCUGCCACUGCAGAACAUCUGCCGCCACCGCCACCACCGCCGCCGCCUCCUCCUCAGUCACCACCUCCACAAGUUCCAAAGUCAUUACCUCUGGAGAAAUCAAAAAAAAUGAGAAGAGGUAGCAAGAGGAAAAAAAAUAAGACGAAGAUGCCAUCUCUGGUAAAGAAGUGGCAGAGCAUUCAGCGGGAAUUGGAUGAGGAGGAAAACUCCAGCUCUAGUGAUGAAGAUCGGGAAGUGAUGUCACAGAAGCGAAUAGAAGAAUGGAAACAGCAGCAAUUAAUCACUGGUAUGGCAGAAAGAAAUGCCAAUUUUGAGGCUUUGCCUGAAGACUGGAGAGCUCGACUCAAGAGGCGGAAAAACACUUCAAACACAUGAGCUUUUUUUUAACCAUUCAUGUACAGUUCAGAACCUUUUACUGUUGGAUCUGUUGUAACUUUGAAGAUACUUAUUUCAGUUCAAUUACCUGAGAGAGAAUUUUGUUGGACUUGGGAAUCUUUUGGAGAUAUACUUUGGCAAAUAGGCCUGUGAAAUGAUGGUUAGGCUUGAUACUUCUAUGUUAAGCAGCUCCCAUUUCAGACAGCUGACACACUAUUCUGUCCAGUUCCCUGGUGGAGCACAUAACAAUAACUGAUUGAUGCACUUUGGCUGGUUCCAUUUCUUACUCCACAUUUGCUUUUUCAAGUACUGUAAUGUGUCUAGCUGUAAUUUGCCACUUGCAUUUUUUGAAAAA